AUGUUUCAACCGGCAGCGAUUACCGCCGAAGACUCCCAAGCAUCCGAUAACGAAGGCGGCGAGCGUCCCGUGCGCAACAAACUCAAGGAAACGUCUAUCACGUCCGUCCCUGUCCCCGAAUCCUCCUCGACCGAACAACCACAGCCGCAAGCAGGCGGUACCCUCAGCCGAGAUAGCAGUCGAGGCCGCAAGCGAUCGUUCGACGACGACGAGUCGGGAAAAAGCGACGGCGAGAACGGCGACGACGACGAGAUGGACGACGCUGGUCAUAGACGGAAGAGGUCGCGGGACUCGAGCUACGAGGAAGCGAACGCGAACGCGGCGUUGUCGAAAACUGAAGAUGGUCAACAGCUGGGAGAGUUGAAGGAUGCGGAGGCCCUCUCGCGCAAGAUCUUGAGUCCUAAGAAGAAGAGGAGUAGGGAUCAGUUGGAUAAGGAUGAGACGAAGAUUGAAGACAGCGCUAAGGAGUCGGAGAGUAAGACUGCUGUUGCUGCUGCGGAGAACGGUGCACCGACGGAGACAUCUGCGACUGAAGGUGAGCCGGAGAAGAAGAGACAUCGUGAUGCUUCGCAGGAAAGAGAGAAGGUAGGUCGUUCAUUCGUACCGGGAUGGGAACCGCUUUAUUUCGGUAUUGACUCCGCUCUUGCUAGGCCCCCGUCACAAGCGCAUUCGCCAACACCUCCACCGUCUCUCCCUUCGGGUCGCUGGGUGCUUCAUCAGCAAAGAAGGAAGAAGAACCGAAGCCCGCAGCCACCACAUCCUCGUCUGCCUUUGCCUCGUCAACCCUGGCCGCCUUCUCCGGCUCAGAGCAAUCUCCUUUCGGCUCGCUAG